AACUUCUAAUACGAUACGCGCAAAAAAGAAACCAGUCCUCGCGUAGGCCGCCAAAAUUAGCAUUCAAAUGUCUCUAUGCACAUUCGUGGAGUCACAAAAGGAAGCAAUAAAAAGGUAUAAAUAGGAGCUCUGAACUUCAACCGUGCAAAGCUUUAGGGUUUUACGCAGAAACCAGUUUCGUCAAUCCUUCUUAUGAAAUUUCCUGAAAAAUUCAGUAAAGUUUGGGUUUUGGGUCUUUCCUUUCUCUCUCUCUCUCUCUCUUGAUUUUCAGGGGGAUUUGUGCGUUUGAUUCGGUAUAAAUUGCAGAGGUUGAAACAGAGCUGACCGAAGUAGAGCUUCUUAUCUUUGCUUACUCAGAAUUUAGGAAGGUAGGAGAAUUGAAACCAGAUUCAGUUGAAUUUGGAGCUUCUUUCUCUCUUGUUUAGUUUCGUUUUCUUUUCAUUCUUGAACUCUACAGCUCGCUUUCUCUCUAGAUUGGUAAUUAGGUUCUUGUUCCUCUUCGUUGCUUUCUCUAUCUAGACUUCUAAUUUACUGUCUCUUUCUCUCUCGAUUUCGCAAUCGGGUUUUUUCCUCGUCAUUGCUCUCUAUCCAGAUUUCUAGUUCCUCUUUAUUGCUCUCUCUCUCUCUCUCUAUAUUCCAAUAAGCAGUACUCUUUUCCACUGUAUUUCACUAUUUCUUGAUUCUUGAGAACCACUUAGUCUAUUUUUUUGUACUUUUCGCUCUAAAUUUCUUGCUCGGUUCCCCAGCUAUCUGCACUCAAAUUGAGACUUACAGUUCUCUUUCUCUUUCUAGAAUUCCCUUGUUCUUUCUAGAAUCACCACUCUUUCUGCUCCUUCUCCGUUAUAAGCAAAGCUCUCCUCUGGAAUUCUGAAUCGUUACAUAUUCAAAAGCCACCGCAGAAAUAUUUAUUAUCAAACUUCUUUCUUCACCAAAAACUUCCGUAACCAAAACACCCUCUCUCUCCCCUAAUUAUUCACACAAAAACCAGACACCAGAACCUUAUCCAUCAAUCAACCAAACCAAAAAACCCAACUUUUAUAUUUACUCUCUCUUCUCAAAAAAAUAAAAACCCUAGAAAGCAAUGAUUCAGAGGGUGAAUUCCACCAAAACCACCAGAUUCUCCCCUCCCAAUAGCCCCCCGAAAUCCCCACAAAAUUCCAGUUCUCCCCUCACCAAACUCUACCGGAAACUCCGACCCAGCUCCCUGGACUCCGGCAGAAACUCGCCUGAACCCUGCCCUGCCUCACCAGGGAACACUGUCCCUUUGCCAGGAAAUGCAGUCGCCCUGCCCGAAAACAGCCAGAUUUCCAUAAGGGUCGAAAGGAGGAAAUUUGAUGGAUAUGAAGCGGUUUUCCGAUACUUCGACACGGAUGGAGACGGAAAGAUCUCACCUCAAGAGCUUGGCCAUUGUCUCCAAAAAAUGGGAGAAAAUUUCUCAGAUUUUCAGUUGAAAGAAUUGGUUACCGGGACAGAUUCAGAUGGUGAUGGCUUAUUGGAUUUUGGUGAUUUUUUUAGAUUAAUUGAUACUGAGAAAGAGGAAGAUAAAGGAAGAGGUUUAAGAGAGGCUUUUGUCAUGUAUGAGAUGGAGGGGUUGGGAAUCAUAACACCCAAGAGCUUGAAGAGGAUGCUGAGUAAGCUCGGAGAGCACCGCUCGAUCGAGGAAUGCACGACCAUGAUUCAACACUACGAUAUCAACGGUGAUGGGGUGCUCAGCUUCGAUGAGUUUAAGCUGAUGAUGCGAUGAUGAUAAAGCUUUGAAUUUUGGGUCCCUCAUCUGCCUCUUUCAAAUUCAAGUGGUUCAGGGUUGGGAUUAUUCUACUAGUACCUGAUGGAUGUGUGGCCCUUACUGUAGUUAAUCUCCACCGUCCAUAUUUGCAUAUGAAAUGCAGAAAUAGUGGGACUUUCUGGGAGAAAUAUUUUUCUCCUUUGAAGGAGACCACCUUGCACAUAUUUAUUCAUUUGAUUUGAUUUAUGGUGAUUUUUUUUAAUUGUUUACUUGGUAAAUGGAGUUGGUCGUAUACAAAAUGUCAAAAAUAUUAUUCUUUUGAAUGAUGUAGAAAAAAAAUGCUCAUAUAUAAUUCUCCUUUUUAAGUCUUUGUGGGUGAAUCUCGUGCUUGGAUAAAGUGUCCUAAUGACUACUUUUUUAUUGUUUUUAGGUAAAAAAUGAUAUAGAAUCUGUUUACGAAACAGCCAAAAUGCGAAAAAGACUUAUUUAAGAGCAUGGUUGAUGAUAACAAAAGAAGUUAAGUUAGGGGGAGAAAAAAGGCUUAUGUUUGAUAACAACAAGUGAAGUUAGGGGGAGAAAAAAGGCUUAUGUUUGAUGCACGAAACUUUAUACAGUUAGUAAUAUGAAGCUGUUGUUGUUGUGGGGGUUGCGCUUAAGCAGAAGUAAUACGAUGGAACUUGAAAUAGGAAUAGGAACCUCGACCUUAUUCCUCAAGCCGUAUUCUCCUCAUGCCGCCCCCCCACCUCGUCCUCCAGGAGGGCAGCGAGGGUGGUGGGCAAUGGAGACAGUGAUGUUGCCUUGCUCCUUAUCCUGCUUCACUUCCUGCAGGAGGUUUCUCUCUCUCUCAAACCUAGGUCCUCAUGGAGGAUUGCGUCUACUCCUCUGGAGCAACAGCCCCUUAUUUCUCCAAUAAAUACAGGCUUCCUUUCGCAUAAGAUGGAUUUCUACUUCAAGCUAUGCCUUUCAACAUAAGAGGUUUCUCUGUCUCCUUGUACAUUUGCCACUCCUAAGCAAGCUUCUCUUGGUGCUUGCACUCAUGAAAUUGGGAUCUUAUUGUUUGCUUUUGGCAAGUUUUCGGACUGAUGGAUUUUUGGGCUGUUUAGCAUGUUCAUUCACUUAUUCUUUUGAUGGUUUGAGAAAUUAACAAUUGAAAUAUUUGACUUUGUUUGUGAGCUGAGUGGUUGUGGAGCUUUAUCCUGUUUCUUGAUUGUUUCUCUCCAAAUUUGUUGAAAUUUUGUUGCGGGUAUUCUCUUAUAUGUGAAAUUGUGGAA